AUGGCGGACGUGACCAUGGUGAAUGCCGUUCUGAAAAUGGUGACCUCUGCGUGCGACUUCAUGAAGGUCACCUUUGACAAGAUGUUGAGGGCCUCCUUGGCAUAUGCCAAAAGCGUCAGGGCUGCACACGAUUGCCAGAACGAGGAGCCGACCAUGAGCCUGGGGGAUCCGCCGAUUGCCGAGGUGGUGAAGGAUGUGAAGGUCAGCGACAUCAGCCGCUUCUCUUUCUUGAUCCAGAGCACCGACAAGAUCUACGAUGAGGCUGUCAGGAAAAGCCCGACGCUGAAGGCGGCGUCGGUGGAGCAUGUGAUGGAUUUGCUCAAGGACAUGGAAGCUGCCUGUGAGCAGGUGGAGGACUGUGGCGGUGGCUUCGAGGUCUGCCAUCCGAACACAUGCUGGAAGAAGGGCUUGGACAACUCAGCUAACGAGGACUUGCAGAAGAUCCUCAUGGCGGCAGCCACCACCGUGUCCACCUGCGAUCCUAACACGAUGGCGAGGCAUCUGGCUGCUCUGGGCAAGGCCGAUUUCGUACGAUACAUGUCUGUAUGUUGA